AUGCGUGCCAAGUGGCGUAAGAAACGUAUGCGACGUUUGAAACGUAAACAUUUAACUGAAUCUCGAGUUAUCGAUGUUAAUCUUAUCGAUUCAAUCAUCAGUAUUGAUUGGGAAUUUGGUCAUGUUGAAUGUUCAGCCAAAAAUGAUGAAAAUAUUAAACGUAUUUUAAGCCAAUUAUUCCGACAAAAAUUGAUUAAUGAAGCACGACGAAUGGAAAAAGAAAAAAAUGUUCAAACCAAUAAUAUUGUGACAAACAGUAACAAUAACAACAACAAUCUUACUACAGUAUCGAUCGAUAAAGGAAAUGAAUCCGAUCCGGAUAUAUCACCAUCACGAUCAUCAAUAUCAUCGGAAAAAUUAUUUUUUGGUGAUGAUUUUUAUGGAAGUUGUAAUAGCCUUAAUGAUUCAAGAAAAAAUUCAAUCAGUGAUACAGAUGAAUUUGAAUAUAGGCUUCGAAAUGGAUUCAAAAAUAAUAAUUGUAUUAUUUCAUGAUGAUGAUGAUAAAAAUUGUUUUUGGCUCUUUUUUCAAAAAAACAACCAAAAUUAUUGAUGCCACAUUUUUUACAAAAAAAAAAUUGUUUACAAUUCCGGACACAAGACGGCAGCGUUUCUCUUCAAAAAAAUUUGCAUCUUUUUUCCGUUUGGAUCUUAAAUGAUAUGCUUAUUUUCUUCUUUUUUGAUGGUUUCUUUCUUCUUUUUUUGGAUAUCCAUUUACAAAAUAUGGACAACAAAACAAAAAUACACGAUUAACUAAC